GUGAAUGCAAACUACCGUAUGUUGUCAUCCUCCUCAAUCCGUAACACAUGAACUUUGUCUGCUCCUUAUCACAUAUCGACAUGGGGGGGUUCGUAUACCGUACAAAAAUGGCUUUGUGAUGAGCGUAAACUUCUUGAACAUAAGGUUUGUUUGUGUUCAAUGAUGGCUUUCUGGCAUCUGGUUAGCAAUUUAAGAGAGUAUGUGUCCCAGAAUCCUCCAGCGGUGACGUUUUGUGUGUGUAUCCUGACACUGGCUAUGUCAUUCAUCAGCCUUGGGUCUUACAUCAACACUCACACCCUUUCCAACCCGGACACUACAGCAAAGGACUGGAACCAUCUCCUUGCCACCUUAUCACAGUUCCACCUGUGUGUAAAAGUUAAUCAGAGCUCAGAUGAACCAGUGUUUCUGACCAAAGAGGAAAAAGAUAGAACCACUCCAUCACUGGACUCGACUAUACAGACUCCAUCUGUCAUCAGGUUGUAUCUCAAAAUUCCUGUGGAUGUGACAAGCAGCCAUGGCCUUCCAAAAGAUGUCGACCUAUACACUACCAUGACUGCCAGUCAGUUGCAUCUUGGGGUUUUUUUGUCUUCAGGAAAUGAAAUUGUAGCUCUCAAGAUUCAAUCUGAAAAUGACACCUGUACCUGUCUCACGAUAAAAGCCCAAGCUGAUCUCCUACCCAUGAGCCUGCCUCCUCCGGAGUGUCCUGCACCUGAGAGCAACCUAUCACCUGUCCAUGUUGAGGCAAUUAACCAUCCACCAGCAGCACCACAAGCCUGCUAUGCUCUUCUCUCCAGGAAUGACCCUACUCUCACUGUCAUGUUAACAAAGGAGGAGCAGGACGUGGUGGUGCGACAUUUGAUAGAAGUCAGUGUGUGUCUAAUAGGCAUUUGUUUAGCUGCAAGCCUGGCACAUCUACUGACACGCAGCUACAACAGGAAAGGGUUGGAUCUCCAAAUUGAACCUCUGAUUGAUACCUGAACAAAUUAUCCGCUGAAUUUUGAACGACUGAGUUUGUGACUGAAGAAACCAACUGUAUUAACAGUUACAGAAUUUGUCCAAUGACUGUGAUGGUGUCCUCUUUAAAUCUUAGAUUUUAAAAGCGCUAGUUCACCAUUGAACUUCCUAGCAUGACCACUUUCAUUACAAUAGAAAAUGUAUUUUUACAUUUAAAUACCGUUACUGUAACAUUUUCUCAAAAAUAAAUAUGUAAAAAAA